UGUUUUUUUCGUUGGUGGAAUAAAUAAGAAGUCAAAAGGAGGGAAACCACCCUGGCUUUAGCAGGAGUCUUCUGCUCAAUUCCAAGCUGACCCGCAUAACCGAACCUUCGCGUCUCCACUAUUUAAUGCUCAAUUACAUAAAUUGGGGUUUGAGUUUUCUGUUUUGUUUUUGGAAGAUUUGAUUGUUGCAGAGCUGAGCAACCAAGGUUAAUUGUCGCCAUGGACGGUGUGCUUAACAAGCUAAGGAAUUUGGAUGCCUAUCCCAAAAUCAAUGAAGAUUUCUACAGCCGUACACUCUCCGGUGGCGUUAUCACUCUCGUCUCCUCCUUCGCCAUACUUUUCCUCUUCCUCUCCGAGUUCAGAUUAUACCUCCACACUGUUAAUGAGACAAAGCUUUUAGUAGAUACUUCAAGAGGGGAAACGCUACGAAUCAAUUUUGAUGUCACUUUUCCUGCUAUUCGAUGUUCAUUACUCAGUCUUGAUGCAGCUGAUAUCAGUGGAGAGCAACACCUUGAUAUAAGACAUGAUAUAGUCAAGAAGAGAAUUGAUGCUCAUGGUAAUUUAAUAGAAGCUAAGCAGGAUGGAAUUGGAGCACCAAAGAUUGAGAAACCUUUACAGAGGCAUGGUGGCAGGCUUGAACAUGAUGAAACAUAUUGUGGUUCAUGUUAUGGGGCAGAGACGUCAGAUGAUGAUUGCUGCAACUCAUGUGAAGAAGUUCAGGAAGCAUAUAGGAAAAGAGGUUGGGCUAUGACGAAUUCAGAUUUGAUAGACCAGUGCAAACGGGAAGGUUUUUUCCAAAAAAUAAAAGACGAAGAUGGUGAAGGAUGUAAUAUUGAAGGAUCACUUGAAGUUAAUAAAGUGGCUGGAAAUUUUCAUUUUGUACCUGGGAAAAGCUUACACCUGUCAAAUAUGCAUGGUUUGCUGGCUUUGCAAAAAGAUAGUUAUAAUAUAAGUCACAAGAUAAAUAGGUUAGCUUUUGGUGACUACUUUCCUGGCGUAGUAAAUCCCCUUGAUGGGGUACAAUGGAUGCAGGAAACUCCAAAUGGUAUGUACCAGUAUUUUUUGAAGGUAGUCCCUACUAUAUACACCAAUGUCAGAGGCCGUAGUGUGUAUUCGAAUCAGUAUUCUGUGACAGAACAUUUUAAGAGCUUUGAAAAUGCACAUUCCCAGUCACUUCCUGGUGUUUUCUUCUUUUAUGAUCUUUCUCCAAUUAAGGUGACAUUCAAAGAAGAACAUGUCCCAUUUUUACACUUCUUGACCCACAUUUGUGCCAUAAUUGGAGGUAUUUUCUCGGUUGCUGGAAUAAUCGAUUCAUUUAUAUAUUAUGGUCAAAGAGCAAUGAAGAAGAAGAUGGAAAUUGGGAAAUUUGGCUGAAUUUUGGAACGUGUUUUACAAAAGAAUGUACUUGCUAGCUUCUUGGACGGGGUGUGCUUAGGAUCCGCAUAUGAUCAAAUACCUCGUUUCUCUUCCUAGCAAAAAAGAAAAAAGAAAAGCAAAAAAAUCUCCGUCUUUAUUCAUCAACAUUUUAACUUAUGACAUCGACUUUGUACAUUAUACUUUGAGCACAACAUUUACAAGGGAUUCAUUCGUAGGAUCGUUCUUUUUAUGAUUACUACUUAGGCAGAGUUAAUAGCGUGGUUAACCUGUGUUAUUUUUCGUAGUUUUAGAACACUUCUCUCUCUCUGUUUUUUCUUAUUCUUUUCUUCUGUCGUUUAUCUUGAUGAUACUGUGUAAUCUAUUAUCUCGGUUGUUUUAAAUCAAAGCAAUGGUAUAGCCCCUGCUAAUGAUAUUAUAUC